AGGUUAUCAAUGUCAACAUCUUUGUGUUGGUUAUGGCUAAAAAUGGAAGAAAUGGUUCCGUAUUGUUUUUCGCAAUUUUAUUUUUUUUCAGUGUGAGAGUGAAGAUCAGUCCCACUGCUAGUGCUCCGAGACGUAUUAAUUGAUUUGAUUUGUGAUUUGAGAACUUGUUUCUUUGUGUUGAGAAAUUCCAGAUUUUCAACAAUGGACGACUUUGACUUCGGCGUAGUAGACGCGGAUGCGGUGCGGUUGUUCAGCCAGAAGCCGUCGGCCAGCAGCUUGAAAUCAGCGAAACCACAGGAACGGAAGCCCGUGAAAGCAAACGCACCCAAGCAGUCCAUCACAGCGGUUCGUUCCACUAGACACGGAGCUACUCCGAAGCCUGUCACGUCCGGUACAUUUGUUGGCAAAGUCCUCGGAAAAAAUGCAUCUACCCCCACUCCCGGCGCUCCGCAACAAAAAAUCAAAAGCAUGGCGAGCGACACCGAGCGGUCUGAACACACUACGCGGAACCUGUCUCGCAAGAAAGCGAAGAGAUCGGGACACGCAGACGAAAGGAAGAUGAAAAGCGGCAGCGGGAUGAAGGCGGAAAUAACCGGCCCUACUGCUGGGGAAGCAAGCGAGCAAGAUGAUAUGGUAAAGUGGAUGAUGGGCUUUGACAAAGCUUUCACGCAGCGCACGGGCGAGACCGUGACAGGCGGUGGCACUGCAUUACCGGGGGAAGAUCUUGAGAUCGUAAAGGCAUCUCAGCCAGCUGACGCCAUUGGUCGUACAGGACACGAGGAGUGCGCGCCGGAGGAUUUUUGCACGCGUGACGUUAAAAACAAAGGAGGAAUAACCUCCUCCGCGCCAAAAAAAGCUACUGCGAAGAAAAAGGUGAAGAAGCUGAAAGCUAGCGCCUUCCCAAAAACUGCCACUCGUAGUACCGAAAAAGAUUUCAGUUCCAGCAGCACGACCACCGCGGCGAAAAACGAAGAAGACCCGAUGAGUGCAGCUUCACCUCUCUCGACGCCGAGAAGUACUGCUGCAGAAGAAGAUCCGGUCAUGUCUACUGACAGGGAGUCCCAGAACUUCGAAUCUCUCUCUUUUGCACAGCAGAUGGACCGGAUCCUCGCCGGCGGGCUGCAACCGGCGAAGCGCGCGAAGGUAAAGAAGGUGAAGAAGAAAACCGCGGACGACCGCCCGGCUCUCGACCCGGAGGAAGAGAAGCAGCAGCAGAGAGAGCGGGAACGGAAGGUCCUGGAACAAAGUGAGGCCGCGGCGGGGGCGGACCGCGUCGCCAUUGUCCCGGUGGCGGCGAACCGAGAGUUUUUUGCUGAGCACGGUUUUGGCGUCGUCGAAGGGUUGGACCAGCGGCUCGUGAAGCAGCUGAACUUUCUCGAUUUCAACAAAAUGACUUCCAUCCAGGCAGAGGCGGUGCCCCAGAGCGUGGGCAAUCCCGGCUACGACAUGCUCCUCAAGGCCCCGACGGGGUCCGGCAAAACCCUAGCCUUUCUGGUGCCCGCACUGAACCGGAUCUUGGCGAGCGUGGGCAACAAGGUUCCCGCCCUGACCCGGGAGGAGGGGGUGUUGGCCGUGGUGCUGUCUCCAACCAAGGAGCUCUGCAUGCAGUCGCUCGCUGUGUGCGAGAAGCUGACCCGGAUGCUGCCGUGGCUGGUGUGCGGCAGUCUUGCGGGCGGCGAAAACCCGAAAUCGGAAAAGGCGCGCAUCCGAAAGGGGAUGCACGUCCUGUUCGCGACCCCGGGGCGACUGAACUACCACUUGGAGUUCACCAACAGUUGGAAGGCGUCCAAAAACUUUCAGUGCUUCGUCCUGGAUGAGGCGGAUCGAUUACUGGACAUGGGCUUCGAGAAGCAGAUCAAGGCGAUAUACAAGGCGGUCGUCGGCUUGGACAUGAAAAAGCAGCUUGUGGAGCAGGAGAAAACAGCACCUCCGAUGUUGAACGUGGUGGCGAGCCGCGACAAGGACGCGAACGAGAAAACCGCUGGUGCAGCCGCGCAGACUAUGCUUGUAUCUGCGACCUUGACUCCCGGCGUGCAGCGGCUCGCGGAGUGGUGCCUGCACCCGCAGAAGAGACUGGUUGUGGGAUUUCAACAGAAAGGAGGACAUACGUCGGUGGAUUUGGGUGCUGACCACAUGCUGGACCAGGAUACUGUGUCCUGGUCGCUGCCGGCGAACCUGACACAGCAUGCCCUGAUCACGCCGACGAAGACGCGGCUCGCGUGCCUGCUGUCACUCCUGCUGCAGCACGCGGGGAAGGUGAUCGUCUUUUUUUCCAGCUGCGCCAGUGUGGAUUUCCACUACGACCUUUUUCUCGGCCUCAAGUGGCCGGAGGCCCACAAAAAGAAGGACGCGCAGGAGACCAAGAUGUUCAAAGGCGGGUUCGUCGGACUGAAACGCAACGCCGACGACGACAGUGAAGACGAGGACGUAAGCGAGGCGGAGGCGGAAGCGCAGAAAAAUGGCAGCGCGAAGCCUGCUCGAAAGAGGCAGAGGGGGGAUGCGAAUGCCAAUGCCAAUGCCUCGGGCACGACUUCUUCUAGGGGGGUCGCAAAGAAUGCCAAAAUGCUAACCGGAUUCAUUGGGCGCGAAGGGGAGGACCUGCAAACUCUAGCGGCCGAGCAAAACAUGAAAGCGACAGAAACAAGUGGAGAGAACAAGCAAGGCGGACUUUUUGGAAGUAGGUCAAAAACAACGAAAGCCACACCGGUUUUUCAAAAUGUCGGAUUGUACAAGCUGCACGGGAAUUUGAGUGCCGAGGAGCGGGCGGGAUUCUUGCGGGACUUUGCGGCAGAAGAUCGGGCGGUGUUACUUGCGAGCGAUGUGGUGGCCCGCGGGGUCGACCUCCCCCGCAUCGAGUAUAUCGUCCAGUAUGAUCCGCCACAACAUUUGGAAGAGUACCUUCAUCGCAUCGGGCGCACGGCCCGUUGUGGCCAGAGCGGAAACUCCGUGCUCUUUUUGCAGCCCAACGAAGAGGUCUUCUUGGAGAUGCUGCAGAAAAAGAUCGAUCCAGCAUCAGGAAAUAGAGGUGGUGGUGCGGGAGACGGGACAUCGAGCAAGGAGGACAACUACACCCAGUGCAGUGAGACCAUCGGCAAAGUUUGGAAACCUGCGUCGAGGAGACCGCAAGAACAGGGGAGCGACGAGACCGCCAUGCAGGGUCAAAAAGUCGUGCAGCGGAUGUCGUGCGAACGCCUGAAGUUUGCGCUUCGGCGGUUCGCGCCGGCGCACUUCGAGGGGCUGCGGGACUUGGCGGAGUUUCUACAGAGCCAAAUGGUGCAGCAAGUGGUUUCCAAGUCCGACCAGCUGAGUCACCUGGCUCGGCGGGCCUUCUUGUCCUGGAUGAAAGCCUACUCGACCUUUCCGCGCGCAUUGAAGCCGGUUUUCAACGUCAAAGCACUGCACCCAGGGCACGUAGCGUCCAGCUUCGGAUUGUCGGAAACGCCACGAGAGAUCUCCUCGCACUACCGUCGGGAUUCCACAGCAUUUGCAACAAGCGAAAGUUCGGGAGGAGGUGAUCGCACGUCGAAGGGAAAAAAAUACGACGCCCGGCGCACAGGGAAUGGCAAGGGUAAAGGGAAGGGGAAGAAAGGAGACCAAAGCAAGCCAUCCCUGGCACAACGACUCGCAGGAACCAAGAAGCAGCGACAUGGAGAUGCUCUGCGCGAGGAGCGAAAUCAAAAGCUCUUCGUCCGCAAGGAAAAAGUAAAGUUCUUGCGCGGAACAGCGGCACCACAAGGCGUGGACGCAUUUUGUUAGAAGUCCGUGGUGCUGGUUGUAAACCAUAGUGAAUGGACUUCUGUGCUGACCAAAUGAACUUCUACUCGGGAUUAAUUAGUCGCGCUUACGAUGCUGUCGUGCACUUUCUUGAAUUUGUACGGAUAAUAAUUGCAGUAUCAAGAAUUGC